AUGGAACCCGCGAAAAUCGAUUGGAAGAGACUAGAAUGGAACUUUGUGGAAGACGAACUCUACGAGCACAUCAACGCACCCAAGUGGGUUGACUUUUCCUCCCUUGAUCACUCCCUCCAUGAUCAUGAUGAUGAAGCUUGGUUCUGCAAACAAGAUUGCAAACAUCCCAAAACAGCAGAGGAUUUUCUCAGAUCAAUAACUCCUUCUAAGACUAAAAGCCCAGCUUACGUUUCAGAAAAUCUUCCAGUUGGUGACCAAAAUAGAAGGUACAGAGAUGUGAGAAUCAAGAGAAGGGUGCCCGCCCUAUCAUCAGCUUCACCCCAAGGUGAUAAAUUCAGAUUCAACCAAGACAGUGAAAACCAAAACCCGAAUCUCUUUACUCCUACAAUUAACCCCUUGAAGCCCAUGAAGGCAACAAUUAAGUCAAGUGAGGAAAAGAAGAAGCUUGCUGAUGACACAUUCCAGGACCACAAAGUGGUUCCUUCAUUGAGAUCAACUCUCUCCGCGAAGAAUCUGUUUGCGGGGAGGCCUAUUCUGAAUCAAAUCACGGAAUUCUGCAAUGAGUUGAAGAAAUUGGCAAUAAGAGCCAGGGAGAGAGAAAAUUCUGAAAAUUUGAGUCCUGCAGUGAGUGAAGAGGUUGUUGAGAGGACCCCAUGUUCUGUUCAAGCCUCGGCAGAGUCAGAGAUAAAAGAGAAAGAAAGGAAGCCUUUGCUUGAGGUGAGUAAGGCAGAAAGAUUGGAGGAGGGUUCAUGUGUUAAAGGGAAGCAACAGAGAAAAAUAAGACCUGAAGAGGCAGAGAACAUGCCUAUAACUCUUGACAUGGAGAAUGUUAAACACAGAAGGGAGGAGAGCUUACAACAAAUUCGAACGAAUCCUCCCUCUCCCCAGUGCUUUUCUGCUACACGUGGACUCAAUAAAACUACCCCUUCAAAGCCUUCCAAAUCCCGGCUAAUGGAGAGAGGAAUACUUGAAGAAAUUGAACCAAACAAGGAAAUUGUGAAGGAGUCUCCUGCAGAGAAAAGCAGAAGCAUUACAAUAGUUGAUGGAAGAGAAACAAAAGCCUUGGACAUGCUUUGGUUCCUGAAACCUUGUACUCUGUCAGGUUGA